CUUAAACCAUCUUUGCUUCCUCAUGGCCUGAGGUCUUAUCUGCUGUCCAUAUAUAGACCGCAGAGCUGCACCCAGUGACGGCCGUGUUUUGUGUGCGUGCACGACACAAAACAGCUACGUUCACUGGCCAUUGCCACCACCAACUGAUUACCAACGUACGAAGGGCAAGAUGGACUACAUCGCUACCACGCUCAACCAGACGGUCGAGGCGCUCAUCAACCCGACGACCCCCGUCUACGGCGCUGACCUGUACACUGGCGUCGACGCGACAACACUGAACAUUUUUGAGCAAUGGUGGCUCAAGUGGUACGUGUACUGGGGAAACCCAGUCAUCGCCACUGGCAUCAUGAGCUUUGUGCUGCAUGAGAUCGUCUAUUUUGGGCGUGCGAUCCCGUUCAUCAUCAUCGACGCUAUGCCCUCUAUGCGCAAGUACAAGCUGCAAGAUGACAAGAUCCCUACAGCAAAGCAGCAAUGGGAUUGCACCAAAUACGUACUGCUCUCCCACUUCACCGUCGAGCUGCCGCAGAUCUGGUCGUUCCACCCGAUUUGCGAGUACUUGGGCAUGUCGACGCACUCUGUGCCAUUCCCAUCGAUCCUUAAGAUCGCAUGGCAAAUCAGUCUUUUCUUUAUCUUCGAGGACACGUUCCACUACUGGGCACACCGCGCCUUGCACUGGGGCCCACUCUAUAAGUACAUUCAUAAGAAGCACCACGAGUUCGCUGCUCCUUUCGGACUUGCGGCCGAGUACGCGCAUCCGCUCGAAGUGUUCAUCCUGGGCACUGGCACGAUCGGAGGACCUUUCUUGCUCUGUGCCCUCAAUCGCGACCUGCACAUCUUGACUGUCUACAUCUGGAUCGUCUUGCGUCUUUUCCAAGCUAUCGAUGCGCACUCGGGCUACGACUUUCCCAUUUCCAUGCACAACUGGAUUCCAUUCUGGAGCGGAGCUGACCACCACGACUACCACCACCAAGCAUUUGUCGGCUGCUACUCGACCAGCUUCAGGUGGUGGGACCACUUGAUGGGAACGGACCUGAGCUACAAGCGCUACCGCGCGAGGCAGAAGGAGCAGAAGAAGCUCAUGGCCAACGGCAUGACGGACAAGGAAGCCAAGGAGGCACUUCUCAAGACCAAGUAGAUUGUGCAGUGUGCACUCUGGCCGACGCACAUGCUCGGCAUUUCUGCUGCUUUUAUAGACCUUUUGAAAGGACGGUAUUUUAUCCCUGUUUGGAGCGUGUGCAUGCUGCCAUCGCCUCACAUAGUAUAUCGACACACUUUUAAUGUAUGUGAUGAAAUGUUCGCAUGUAUGUGAAUAACGAAUUUGCAGACUUCCAAAC